CCGGCCCACUCCCAAACUUAAGUACUCGCUCCCCUGUUCCAGCCAGAAGCCCUGCGUGAGCCUCUACACGUAGCCGCAGACAGCUCCUUAAAUAGGCCGGCGUUGAGCAAACAAUCCCAGACGUGGGGCCGGGGAAGGCGAGCGGAGGCGACCGCACCGGCGCGGCGGGUCAGCUGGCGGCCAAUAGCCGGGGUGCGGCCCGCCCUGUCGCCUCCCCCUCGGGGAGCCUAUAACUUGCCCGCAGCGCCGGGGGGCGCCCGCUCCUCCGCGACUCAGCGCCCGCCUCAUUUCGGCCGCCCUCCCGCCGCUCCAGCUGCCCGCUGCCGGUCCUUUGCGCGCACUCGGCCGGGCGGCUCCCGCCCGCAGUCGUCGCCCCGGGCGGACCGGGGUCCCCCCGCUCUCGCGAGAAGUGCGCCGCUGCUGGGCGGUGGGGGUGCCGGAGCCGGCGCGGGCUCUCCAGAGGCCGAAGAUGGGGUGCUGCGUCGUGAAGCCGCUGCUGCUGCUGGCGCUUGUCUUCCAGCUCUGGAAUCCCUGCCUGGGGGCAGACUCGGAGAAGCCUUCCAGCAUCCCCACAGAUAAAUUAUUAGUCAUAACUGUAGCAACAAAGGAAAGUGAUGGAUUCCAUCGAUUUAUGCAGUCUGCCAAAUACUUCAAUUAUACUGUGAAGGUCCUUGGUCAAGGAGAAGAGUGGAGAGGUGGUGAUGGAAUUAAUAGUAUUGGAGGGGGCCAGAAAGUGAGAUUAAUGAAAGAAGUCAUGGAACAUUAUGCCAAUCAAGAGGAUUUGGUUAUUUUGUUUACUGAAUGCUUUAAUGUCAUAUUUGCUGGUGGUCCAGAAGAAGUUCUAAAAAAGUUCCAAAAGUCAAACCACAAAGUGGUGUUUGCAGCAGAUGGAAUUCUGUGGCCAGAUAAAAGACUAGCAGACAAGUAUCCCAUUGUGCACAUUGGGAAACGCUACCUGAAUUCGGGAGGAUUUAUUGGUUAUGCUCCAAAUAUCAACCAGAUAGUUCAACAGUGGAAUCUCCAGGAUAAUGAUGAUGAUCAGCUAUUUUACACCAAAAUUUACAUUGAUCCACUGAAGAGGGAAGCUAUUAACAUCACAUUGGAUCACAAAUGCAAAAUUUUCCAGACUUUAAAUGGAGCUGUAGAUGAAGUUGUUUUGAAAUUUGAAAAUGGCAAAGCCAGAGCUAAGAAUGUAUUUUAUGAAACAUUACCAGUGGCAGUUAAUGGAAAUGGACCCACUAAGAUUCUCCUGAAUUAUUUUGGAAACUAUGUACCGAAUGCAUGGACGCAGGAUAAUGGCUGCACUCUUUGUGAUUUGGAUACAAUUGACUUAUCUACAGUAGAUGUCCAUCCAAAUGUAACAAUAGGAGUCUUUAUUGAACAACCAACCCCUUUCUUACCUCGAUUUCUGGAUAUAUUGUUGACACUGGAUUACCCAAAAGAAGCGCUUAAACUCUUUAUUCAUAACAAAGAAGUUUAUCAUGAAAAGGACAUCAAAGUAUUUUUUGAUAAAGCUAAACGUGAAAUCAGUACUAUAAAAAUAGUAGGACCAGAAGAAAAUCUAAGUCAAGCCGAAGCCAGAAAUAUGGGAAUGGAUUUUUGCCGUCAGGAUGAAAACUGUGAUUAUUAUUUUAGUAUGGAUGCAGAUGUUGUUUUGACAAAUCCAAGGACCUUAAAAAUUUUGAUUGAACAAAACAGAAAGAUCAUUGCUCCUCUCGUAACUCGUCAUGGAAAGCUGUGGUCCAACUUCUGGGGAGCCUUGAGUCCUGAUGGAUACUAUGCUAGAUCUGAAGAUUAUGUGGAUAUUGUUCAAGGGAAUAGAGUAGGGAUAUGGAAUGUUCCAUACAUGGCUAAUGUGUACUUAAUUAAGGGAAAGACACUUCGAUCAGAGAUGAAUGAAAGGAACUAUUUUGUCCGUGAUAAAUUGGAUCCUGAUAUGGCUCUGUGCCGAAAUGCUAGAGAAAUGACUUUACAAAGGGAAAAAGACUCCCCUACUCCGGAAACAUUCCAAAUGCUCAGCCCCCCAAAGGGCGUGUUUAUGUACAUUUCUAAUAGACAUGAAUUUGGAAGACUUUUAUCAACUGCUAAUUACAAUACUUCCCAUUAUAACAAUGACCUCUGGCAGAUUUUUGAAAAUCCUGUGGACUGGAAAGAGAAGUAUAUAAACCGUGAUUAUUCAAAGAUUUUCACUGAAAAUAUAGUUGAACAGCCUUGUCCCGAUGUCUUUUGGUUUCCUAUCUUUUCUGAAAAAGCCUGUGAUGAAUUGGUGGAAGAAAUGGAGCAUUACGGCCAGUGGUCUGGGGGGAAACAUCAUGAUAGCCGUAUAUCUGGUGGUUAUGAAAAUGUCCCAACUGAUGAUAUCCACAUGAAGCAAAUUGAUCUGGAGAACGUAUGGCUUCAUUUUAUCCGGGAGUUUAUUGCACCCGUUACGCUGAAGGUCUUUGCAGGUUAUUAUACGAAGGGGUUUGCACUAUUGAAUUUUGUAGUAAAAUACUCCCCUGAAAGACAGCGCUCUCUCCGCCCUCAUCACGACGCUUCUACAUUUACCAUCAACAUUGCACUCAAUAACGUGGGAGAAGAUUUUCAGGGAGGCGGAUGCAAAUUUCUAAGGUACAAUUGCUCUAUUGAAUCACCCAGAAAAGGCUGGAGCUUCAUGCAUCCAGGGAGACUCACACAUUUGCAUGAAGGACUUCCCGUUAAAAAUGGAACGAGAUACAUUGCAGUGUCAUUUAUAGACCCCUAAGUUAUUUACUUUUCAUUGAAUUGAAUUUUCUUUUGGAAUGGAUGAACAUGUCUUUGAAGUUGUGCUUGAGAAGAUGAGAGGAAUAUUUAAAUAACUUCAACAGAACAACUUCACUUUGGGCCAAACAUUUGAAAAACUUUUUUGUAAAAAAUUGUUUGAUAUUUCUUAAUGUCUGCUCUGAGCCUUAAAACACAGAUUGAAGAAGAAAGAAAAAGUAAAAACAAAUAUUUAUUUCUAUGCCUUAUUGUCUCUGAGAAUAAUGACAAUUUUCUGAAUUUGUGUUUCAAUUGAUAAAAUAUUCAGCUAUAAAUGUACAAGUGACAAGAGACUAAUAAUGUUUUAUUAUUAAAAAAGCAUGAGAAGAAUUUUAUUUAUAAACAUGUAAACAAAAUGAAUAUAAGUGAAAAUUGGCAAUUUUUGAAACAUUGGAAAACUGGAGUUAUAACUGAAUUUGUAUGCAACUAAUUGUGUAAGUACUUUUUUGAUGACCUAUAAAGGUGCCUUUUAUAGUAGUUACUGAAGGAAUACAAAGAACAGUAAAUAUUUCUCCUCAAGAAACUUAGUACAGAAUACAACUGAGGUUUAGAGCCAAUUGUAAACAUUUUUGUUUAGGUUGUUAGACAGGGUUUUUUUGUUGUUGUUGUUGUUGUUACAUUUGUAUUAGAAAUCAAACCCUAUGUUCCUUCAGAUUAAUUUUCCAAGGAGGAUUAUAUUGAAUAGGUAUUAGAUUUAGGAAAGUUUUCAAGCCUUUCCAUUUUGUAAAGUAUAUCAAAUAUCAACAACUUAAGAUCAGCAAGUGUCCUUAAGUCAAAACAGGCUUUUGAUUUUUAAUUCUGGAAAAUAAUGAGGAAAAAGAAAAUUUCAUGAGAUUAGUAGUAGCAUUUUAUGAUUUUUAAAAAACUUUGUUAAGUACUUGAAUUUUAUAUCAGGAAAAUAAAGUUUGUGAGCCUUUCUUCUUCUCUUUGCCCUUUGCCUCCCUCCUUAUUCUUUUUUAGAGAAGGUUAUUUACCUUUUUAUCUUUCCAGCAUAGUCUAUUUUAUCCUUCCUACUCUUUUUGUUACCUUUUCUUAGUCCCAUUUUUAAAAAUUCCCCAGCACAAAAAAAUUUGUGACCUGAUUUUUCACCAUUUCUCUGAGUGAGGUUUAAAUAUACUCAUUGUAGCUACUGUUUUUAAUUUAAAGGUUAAACUUGAAAAAAAGUUCUAAGUCAUGGUGCCAAAAUAAAUUUUUCUAACACCAUGUGUUAGAAAAUUAUGAAAAAUAAAAUAAUUUAAAA